GGCGUGUGCGUGCGGUUCCCCGCGCGGUGAGCCCCGGCGUGGUGUGGCGAUGGCUGCCGGCGGUAGCGACCCGCGGGCGGGCGACGUAGAGGAAGACGCCUCACAGCUUAUCUUCCCCAAAGAGUUUGAAACAGCUGAGACACUACUAAAUUCAGAGGUUCAUAUGCUUCUGGAGCAUCGAAAGCAACAGAAUGAGAGUGCAGAGGAUGAACAGGAACUUUCUGAGGUCUUCAUGAAAACUUUAAAUUACACAGCCCGUUUCAGUCGUUUCAAAAACAGAGAGACCAUUGCCAGUGUCCGUAGCUUGUUGCUGCAGAAGAAGCUUCAUAAAUUUGAGUUGGCCUGUUUGGCCAACCUUUGCCCCGAGACUGCUGAGGAGUCAAAGGCGCUGAUCCCCAGCCUGGAGGGGCGGUUUGAAGAUGAGGAGCUACAGCAGAUUCUUGAUGAUAUCCAGACCAAGCGCAGCUUUCAAUAUUAGUCUCCAAAUACCACUCUGCUGCUGAGGGAACUACAUCCCAAGCCCAGCACCACUGUCCUGAUGUCUGGAGCUGACUUACACAGAAAUUCCAUUGCACUUGGGCUUCCUUUGGAUAGAACAACCCAGCUUGGUCUUGGUUUAGGUUGCUAUUUCAGAUUUGACUAUUGGACCAUGAUAACCUGACCUUGCCUCUGGGAAGGGUGAGGUGGGGUGAUAUGCAUAUAAGCUACACUGUUGACUACCUCAUACCAUGGUUUUGGCCCCUGUGUUAUUUUUAAGUUUUUGUUUUGUUUUAAGAUUUUUUUUUUUAAGUAAUCUCU